CUACAUUUUUGCUUCGGCGAAAGAAAUCGAGAAAAAAAAAGCAAAGAAGAGAGAAAACCCUUGAUGUCCAAUGGCUAGAGGUCCUCGGGCGACGAAGGAAUCAUCUCGAUCAUUGGAGGAGAAGGUGCCGGUGUCAAAUUCGUCGGAGGAAGAGGAAGUGGAGCGAGAAGUUAAUGUUAAUGACCAAGUUGGGGAAGAAGACGCGGAGGAGCUCGAAGCCGUUGAGAGAACUGCGGACUAUUCCGAUGAAGAAGAAAAUGAUGCUGCCGCUAACCACGGUGGUGGUGAGCUGGACGACGAAGAGGAGAGGAUGGCUUGCAAAUGGGGGUUAGUGGUGGCAAUUUUGAUAUCUUUAUGUGCAAUUUCAACUGGAAGAGAGCUUAAGGUCAAAACCAAGCAUAAGGAUCAUCAGCCAGUGUACAGUCACACACUUGCAAGAGUAUUGGCAGAAUAUGCUUCAGCAGUCUACGUGUCAGAUACAACACAAUUAUUUACUUGGACAUGUGAAAGAUGUAAUGAUCUCACCGAGGGUUUUGAAAUGAUAGAGCUGAUUAUUGAUGUUCAAUGCUGUCUCCAGGCAUUCGUAGGAGUAGCAAAGGAUCUCAAUGCUAUUGUAAUUGCAUUUAGAGGCACUCAAGGAACCAGCAUACAGAAUUGGGUUACAGAUUUGUACUGGAAGCAACUUGACAUAAAUUACCCUGGAAUGGAUAAUGCAAUGGUGCACCAUGGUUUUUAUGCUGCAUAUCACAAUACAACUUUACGUCCAGGAAUUUUAAGUGCUGUUGAAAGAGCAAAGGAGUUAUAUGGUGAUAUUAAAAUCAUGUUGACAGGGCAUUCGAUGGGAGGAGCUAUGGCUGCUUUCUGUGCACUGGACCUCACGGUCAAUAUUGGAGAGAAAGAUGUUCAGGCUGUAACAUUUGGACAACCUCGAAUUGGUAAUGCAGCUUUUGCAUCCUACUAUAGUAAAUUCGUUCCUAAUACAAUCAGGGUUACACACGAGCAUGAUAUCGUGCCUCAUUUGCCGCCUUAUUAUUAUCAUUUCCCUCAGAAGACGUAUCAUCACUUCCCAAGAGAGGUGUGGCUUUAUGAUAUUGAUUUAAGAAGUUUAGUUUAUACGGUUGAGAAGGUCUGUGAUGGUUCUGGUGAAGAUCCCACAUGUAGCAGGUCAGUGGUUGGAAACAGCAUUCUUGAUCAUUUGGCAUAUUAUGGUAUUCAAAUGGGGUGUGAGGAAGGAGGCUCGUGCAGCACAAUCAUGGAUCCUAGUUCUGUUGCAUACAGAACCAUGGAUAUUGAAGGAAAUUUUGUGUUAUCUCGAAAUUUAUCAUUCGAUAGUUUGAGAAGAAGCUCAGAAGUGAAGGGUCAGGUGGAUUCAAUGUAGAUAUGUUAUUACUCUGUAAAUGGACGAGAUGUCGCCGCAUUCUUUUGAUCCUUUCGCUGGGGUUCUGCAGCUCUGAAGUACACUGCUGGAAAUUGGUAUUUCUCAGGCAUGGUUGGGAAGAAUUACCUGUAUAUAGUUAACAGAUAAUUUUCUGAAACGAAAAGGGGAAUUGCUACUGGCUUCCAUCUUUGUUUAUGUAAAUACAUUAAUUGUUGAUAUAUACAAAGAUUAAGCAACUGGGAGGUGAUGGAGUCAUUGAUCAUUCUC